AUGCCAAAAUCAGAUGACCCAAGUAAAAAGCAAUUUGAGGAAGCGAAAAGACUUGCAGGAGUUCCAAUUGAAUGGGAUAAGCUUCUUACUGACUCACUAAAACUAGCAUUCCAGAAGGAAGAUAUUGAUUUUGAUGAUGAUGCAAUGUUACUUGAAUGUUACGAAAAACAUAACAAAACUCUUCAAGAAAAUAUACCACCUACACGUCUUCUGGUACAUCGACUUGGAGAUGGUUGGGAACCAUUGUGUAGAUUCUUGAAUGUGGAUGUACCAGCUAACAUACCAUACCCUAAGAUGAAUCAACUGUCUGACAUGAUAAAGCUAAGGGAUUUGAUAAAGAAAUUUGGAUCGGUUGAGGAAGUCGCUAGGAUGCAUCCAGGAAUUAUGUAA